UGCAUGGAGUACAUAACGGGCAAACGGGGAGGUGCACCAUAUUUUCUCAGUGAUUUUAUGACUUGAUUGUAAUCUGGGAAAGUCGUCAACAGUUUUUUGUAGGACUUUUUAAACAGUCGUCUCGAGCAUUAUUUCAUAUUUAACGUGUUGCUAAACGUUCCUGUUUCGUAGUGCUGCAAACAACCAACGACAGGCCUCGAUCUCACAGCAGGGUUCCAUUGCUGAGCGGUAUGCCUAAGGAGGACUCCGACAAGCCACCAUGUGGGGAGAACAAGCAGGGCGACCCCAGUAAGGCGAGGGAUGCUGCAGAGAGCCUGGAACCCUCUGAGCAGUCUCUGAAGAAAAGGAUUCGACAAAGCACCCCCAGUCCUCACCGGGGCAACACCCCUCACUCAAGUCCACCGAGGUUUGUGUCAGUGGAGGAGCUGAUGGAAACGGCCAAGGGCGUGACUAACAUGGCCCUGGCACAUGAGAUUGUAGUGAACGGGGGCUUUCAGGUCAAACCUUCACAGCCAUCUGAAGGCAGUUUGGAGAAGAGGGUGAAGGAGAUUGUGCACAAAGCAUUCUGGGACUGUCUGGAAGCACAGCUGAGUGAAGACCCACCCUCAUAUGACCAUGCCAUCAAGCUGCUGGGGGAGAUCAAGGAGACACUGCUGUCUUUCCUGUUGCCGGGACACGGGCGCCUACGGCACCAGAUAGAGGAGGCGCUGGACCUGACACUUAUCCAGCAGCAGGCUGAAAAUGGUGCCCUGGAUAUCGGCAAGGUGGCCUCAUUUGUCAUCGACAUGAUGGGAAUGCUGUGUGCCCCCUCCCGAGAUGAGGAGAUCCAGAAGUUGCGAGACAUCACCGCUAUUGUUCCCCUCUUCAAGGCCAUAUUCUCUGUGAUGGACUUGAUGAAGAUUGACAUGGCCAAUUUUGCCGUCAGCAGCAUUCGCCCACACUUGAUGCAGCAGUCAGUCGAAUACGAGAGGAAGAAAUUCCAGGAGAUCCUUGACAAGCAACCCAAUGCUUUGGACUUUACUCAGAAGUGGCUUCGGGACACGGCCAGUGCUCUCCUGAAUGGUGAGUGGGAAGGUGGAGCCUCAAGUGCUGGAGCUACUGCUCCCAUUCCCUCUUCGCUCCACCCCCUUAUUGUGCACAACCAUGCCUACCUACAUCUGCUCAAGUGGGACCAUGCCUCCUGCCUUUUCCCUGAGACUGUCCUGAUGGACCAGAAGCGGUUCCAAGAGAUGCAGUGGGAGCUGGAGGAGCUAACAGUAGUGGCAGCUGUCCUACUGAUUGUGUAUAAUAAUGCCGGGGCAGCCAUCUCUGGACUCCCAGGCCUUAUGGAAAGACUGAAGAGUACGGUUAGAGUUCUGCUGGCAGGGAUGCACUCUAUCACCUUCAGUGUAGAGGAGGCCUUUGCCACCAUUGCAGAGAGGAUGUGUGUGGAGGUGGAGGGAAGCCUGGCUCAGCAUGGUUUCUCCCCCUUCUCCCCUGACCAGCAGAAUGUCCUGAAGGGACAGAUCACAGCCAUCAGUCUCCCAGAAAAUUCCAUCCGCAAGCUUAUAGACUCCCGCAUCCAGACAUUCCUGCUGGGCUUCCUUGAAUCCAGCCAGCAGAGGGGUGCUGUGAACAUGCCCGGAGGCCUGGCACCCAUUCAGAGAGAGCUGGAGGAGGUAGCCAUCAAGUUCAGCCGCCUGGUAAACUACAACAAGCUGGUGUUUGCCCCAUACUACCAGAGGAUCCUUCAGGACGUGCUGAGAGAAGGGUGCUUCCCUGUGACAGGGACAUCCAUUGGACAAGGAUAGACCCUUACAGAGUUCCCCUCCAAAAGCCUGUCUCCGUAUCAAAUUUUCCAUCAAUCAGUAGAUUCAGAUCCGUUAUUACCCCUGUAAUGGAAAUGAAUGUCAAAAAGCAACAACAGAAGCACAGUAGGACACACUGUGUUUCAUAGCCCAAAUUAGUUUUCAACGCACGUGGCUGAACACCAAGAAAGUUAUUCAUUGGCAAACGUACAAGCAUGAUGCUUUUUAUGGUGUAGCGUUGGGCGCGGUGGUGACUUUUUCAACUGUUUUGAGCUUAUUCACAGUAGAAUUUUUUUUUCCCCACGCAUGGUGUGUUCAAUUUGGAAAGUUGUGUGAACAUCACAGUUUGACAGGGAAUGUAAAGGAAAGGAACCAUUUUAAUAGGUGGCCUCAGCCUUUUCAUCAAGAAAGCUUAGAUCUUUUCAUUUGGAGAGCAUUGUGUCUGAACACAAAGAUCUGUCUUGGCUCACUUUGGUCAGUUGUCCUUUCCUCUCUGUUCAGAUCGUUGGUCUACGGUGUGGUCUAUGAUGCCAAAAAGAGCAUCCCUCAUUGCAUUGUGAACAUAAAGGAAGACAGCCCUGAGAAAAUUGGGAGACCCAGAAAAGGCCCAGAGAUACUUCCAGACACACUCCGUACACUUUUUUAGCUGUGUACAAAUAUUUUAUCUUCAAAAUGAAAUGAACCAAGGCCAAAGGAAUCUUGUAUGAGAAUGGAUUCAGAUAAAAAUCUAAGUAAAUAGAAAGUAGAAAUGAAUUUACUACAGAUUAAGAUGGGAACACUAAAUUCUGAUUUUUGAGAUUCUGUUGACUUAUGUGGAUCAUGAAUACUGUGUACCAGUGCCAGGGAUGUUGACCAUUGCCUUACAGGUGGAUUUGGUGGGGUUCCAGGUAUUAAAUGUAUUACUGAAUCUUAUUACCAUUUUAGGUUCUUCCAACCGUUUCCUUGUUCAUGUUUUUGUCUUGCUACCGCAGUUCAGUGUUUUACUUCUCCGUUAUACAGAGGAACUGGAGUGAAAAUAAUGAUUUAAAGAAAAUGACGUGCACCAUUUAGACCAAGUUAGUGUAAAGAUGUAUACAAAAUACAAGGGGAAGUAGUGAGUUCUCUA